GAGAGAGAGAGAGAGAGAGAGAGAGAAAGAGAGAAAGAGAGAGAGCGAGCGAGAAAAGGCCCUUGGAGGAGAAAACAGCAUAGGAAUAGCCGUCACAAGUAAAGGAGGAUAUAUCUGCGGGAUAGUGAUUGGAUUUGAAGUUGGACGUGUUGUGGGAACCGUUGGAGAAAACCGCCGCAGCCAACCCCGACGACGAAGACAGGCGUCGGGGAGACGGAGAAAACAGAUAAAGGAGCGUGAAGUGUCCACCUAUGGAGAUGUUUGUGACGAAAGGAGAAGUGGAAACGUGCCACGCCGCAGCCCGGGCGAGCUUUUCGGACACGCCGAGUUGGGCUCCUUGUCACGGGCAGCAGUGAGACGCAAGACCCGGGCUUUUUUUGGAGAUGCAAAACUGGUCUGUUCAUUUCACCUCCGUUUGAGGAGAUCUCUUGUAGGACACGUUGUGGAUUACAGUUUUUUUACACGGCAGACGGUGGUGGGGAGAGAAAUAGUGUGAGUGUUCGGGAGGGGGGAAAGUGAAAACUACAUGAGUGCAUGUGAAGGAGGAAAAAAAGCCUGAGCAGGAUUGAGCAGCAGACUGGAGAAGAAGAAGGCGGCCUCGGUGUCGUCAGCAACAGUAUCCUGCCCUUUCUCUGACAGCAAAAAUACGCGUUAUGGACUCAUAGUCUCCACUGCGCUGGUUUCUGUAGCAGGCCGGGGACGUUACAGCGUGUUAAUGUGGCUGCCAUUGCUGCCAAAUCCGCGGGUCAAACGAGGGAUCUAGACUAGUUUACUGUAUUUAUUUGUCUUUCUGCAUAUCCCCCUCCCUCCCUACACCUCCACCUCCACUACUUCUUGUUCUACCACCACCACCACCUCCUCCUCUUCCUCCCCUGGACCCCCCGUUUUUCUUUUUUCUUGCGGGAAGAUGGGUUGUUUGGGCAACAGUAAGACCGAAGACCAGAGAAAUGAGGAGAAGGCACAAAGAGAAGCAAACAAAAAGAUAGAGAAGCAGCUUCAAAAAGACAAACAGAUAUACAGAGCAACACACAGACUACUACUUUUGGGAGCUGGAGAGUCGGGAAAGAGCACCAUAGUGAAACAGAUGAGGAUCUUGCAUGUCAACGGCUUCAAUGCAGAAGAGAAGAAGCAGAAAAUUCAAGACAUCAAGAAUAACAUUAAAGAGGCCAUUGAGACCAUAGUGACAGCAAUGAGCAACCUGACGCCACCAGUACAGUUGGCGUGCCCACAAAACCAGUGCAGGAUUGAAUACAUCCUCAACCUCGUCAACCAGAAGGAUUUUGAGUUUCCAUCUGAGUUUUAUGACCAUGCAAAGACACUGUGGCAGGAUGAGGGCGUCAGGGCGUGCUUCGAGAGAUCCAACGAGUAUCAGCUAAUCGACUGUGCACAGUACUUCUUAGACAAGAUUGACAUUGUGAAACAGAAUGACUACACACCAACAGAUCAGGAUUUGCUGCGUUGCAGAGUGCUGACUUCAGGAAUCUUUGAGACAAGAUUCCAAGUGGACAAAGUUAAUUUUCAUAUGUUCGAUGUUGGGGGUCAAAGAGAUGAACGCCGGAAAUGGAUUCAGUGCUUUAACGAUGUAACGGCCAUCAUCUUCGUCGUGGCAAGUAGCAGUUACAACAUGGUGAUCAGAGAAGACAAUCAGACCAACAGAUUACAGGAGGCGCUCAACCUCUUCAAGAACAUCUGGAACAACAGGUGGUUGCGGACCAUUUCUGUCAUCUUGUUCCUAAACAAACAGGACUUGCUUGCAGAGAAGGUGUUGGCAGGGAAGUCCAAAAUUGAGGAAUACUUUCCUGAAUUUGCUCGCUACACAACACCUGAUGAUGCAACACCAGAGCCUGGAGAAGAUCCUCGAGUUACAAGGGCAAAGUACUUCAUAAGAGAUGAAUUCCUUAGGAUCAGUACAGCAAGUGGCGAUGGCAGGCACUACUGUUACCCUCACUUCACCUGCGCUGUGGACACAGAAAACAUCCGCCGUGUCUUCAAUGACUGUCGAGACAUCAUCCAGCGGAUGCACCUGCGGCAGUAUGAGCUGUUGUGAUGGGAAAGGAAAAGUGUUCGGCCAAACACACAGAAACAGAUCAGACUAUGAGAAACCCUGAGUCUCCGAACUCUCCUCUUCAAUAGAAGAGUGUGAGUUCUUGUGAAAGAGCGGGGGCCAAAACACCCACAUUAUCACACACACACACUUUCACACAAAUGCACCCUGAACCCAGAACUCCCCGCGAUGAAGACUCCCUCCCUGCAGAAGACAGGGCUGUUUUGAUAGAAGGCUUUGAGGGCAAACACAUAAAGGAACUUCGAUCUCCACCUUCAGCCAUAGUCCCAGUUCCUAACCUCUCAACAUCAUGUAUCAUCCCUGUUACCUUCAGCUUUACAAACACGCUGCCUGGCCCUGUGUGGAUUGCAUUAUCUGCAGUGAGGAGCGUUUAGGCUGCAGUUUAGAUUGUACUUCGUCACCAUGAAAACUGAGAGAGCUACUAUGUCAGUGUGAAAAAAAAACUGCAUUUACUGCAAAUAGAUAAUUACACAAGGAUCACAAAGGAUCAGCUGAACACUGUAUCUAACAAAAAUACAAGCACUGUGCUAAGGACUUUGCUCAAACUGUGUAUACCAAUCUUCCUAUCACUUACAUCAGGAUCUGCUUGCACACAGAAACGCUGCAACGCUUUUUCUUGGAAUGCACAACCACAGUCAGAAACCAGAAAUGUACUGAUCUGUUCACGAGUGUCGGGCUCGUUGACCUGCUGGUGGAUUUCUUCUUUCCCAGCACAAUGCUUUGAGAUUAAAUGGACUAAAUGAGCGACUGCACAGCCGAGGGCUGAGAAGCGGCUUUAGCAAUCGGCUUUAUGGACCAGGGGUGUGUUGUGUCAUAUCAGACUGCAGGGGGCGUAAGGGUUUGCUGAAAUUGGACGGCGCCGAGUUUGAUGUGAAUUUCUCAGAUGAAGCCUGGACACGUUUGACAGCAAUGAAGAUGACUACAGUCCCUUGAUUUCUUCACAGAAUUGUUUUGCUGCCUGACUUUGCCUCUUUGGCAAUGGAGCAAAACGAAAGGAGGAUAUAUAUUGAGUUUAAAACAAAAAAGAAACAAAUGCCAUCUUUUAUGGAACUUAAUAAACAGAGGGCAAAAAGCAUCCUCCUACAGUACAGUACCAUAUAAGUUAAAGAGAACUCUCAUCUUGUCAGGAUUGACCCUGUUUAACUGUCUCCACAGCUGUUUUUGUCUGUGUAGACUUUUGUGCCAUUGUGCCCUGUGCGCUCUUUCUUUAUUUCUUUACACUCUCGAUCUGUCAUUCUCUCCUUUUUACCACCUUUGCUCUUUCUCCUAAUGAGGACUUCACUCAUUUCUCCAUCUUCACAUUUCUCCUCCUCUCUUUUCGCUCCUUCCUUCCUGCCCUCCACCCUUUUCUCAUCUAUGUUCUCAACUUUUGGGCAGAGCUUUUUUUUCCCCCUUGAAAAUAAAAUAAAAUAUAAUAUAAUAACCUUGGAUUAUAAAAAUGGAAAAUUACGAAAAAAUGUUUUUAAACUUGUGGUCAAACAAUGGCACCACUCACUCCCCCUACCAUUCCUCCAUCUUUCCUCUGUUCUCCCUGACCUCUGGCUCCCUUGUUUUGUCUGUCUUUACUUUACUGCUGAACUAUUAUUCUUGUACAGACUGUAAAAUGUAUUAUUUUGUACAACUUUAUUGAAAAAAAAUUACUUUUAGAAGAUCCCUGUGCCUUGAUCACGACUGUACGUGUGUAAUGAGCUAAAGUGGGUGUCAUACUGCGCUGUAUAGCUUGGCCAAUCCCCCUCUAACUCCCUGCCUUCCUCACCACUUCCUUCUCUCUCUCUUUUUUUCUUUAUCAUACUCUUUCUAUCUCUUCUCUCUCCUCUGUCCUCUCUUGCUCUCUUCUCAGGGACAGAGGACCACCAUUCGUAGCUGUUGUAGUUUUGUUUCCUGUUCUUUUUUUUUCUCCCAUUCUCUUUAUGAUUUAAAUGUCUAUUUUUGAAUCCAUAUACCCCAAAAAGAUAAAUAUAUGAAAUGUAUAUGGGUUUUAAAAAAAUAAGUAUUUUAUUAGAAUCAAAUGAACCUUGACAAAUUGUACACUUGAUAGUGUGCGUAUUGCUAUAACUUAAAUCCUUUCAACUGAAA